CUGUAUUCACAGUCUGUAACAUGCUGACUAGGGUAGCCCGGAUUUCUCCUUUGCUCCAAAGCUCUGGGCCCAGCUCGGGGUACCUGCCGCUGCAGUUAUGUAGAUAUGGCUCGGAUUCCAGAGAUAGUAGUUGGCUUCGCUCUCUCUUCGUGCGCAAGGUAGAUCCUCGCAAAGAUGCACAUUCCACUUUAUUGUCCAAGAAGGAGACGAGUGGUCUCUACAAGAUGCAGUUUCACAAUGUAAAGCCUGAAUGCCUGGAAGAAUAUAAUAGACUGACAGAGGAAGUACUGCCCAAGUUACAUCAUGACCCAGAUUACCAUUGUGAUCUUGUGGGUAAUUGGAACACAUGGUAUGGGGAACAGGACCAGGCAGUUCAUUUAUGGCGCUUCUCCGGGGGUUACCCAGCAUUAAUGGAUUGUAUGAAUAAGCUGCGUAAUAAUAAGGAAUACCUGGCAUUCCGAGAAGAGCGGAGCAAAAUGCUACUCUCCCGCAGAAACCAGCUGCUCCUGGAGUUCAGUUUCUGGAAUGAACCUGCGCCACGAAAGGGACCCAACAUAUAUGAGCUACGCACCUACAGAUUAAAGCCAGGAACAAUGAUUGAAUGGGGAAAUAACUGGGCUCGUGCAAUCAAACACAGACAGGAGAAUCAGGAAGCAGUCGGAGGAUUCUUCUCUCAGAUAGGGGAGUUAUACGUGGUCCAUCAUUUGUGGGCUUACAAAGAUCUUGAGUCCAGAGAAGAGACACGUAAAGCUGCUUGGACCAAACGAGGAUGGGAUGAGAAUGUAUACUAUACAGUUCCACUUGUCAGGAAUAUGGAGUCCCGUAUUAUGAUCCCACUGAAGAUCUCUCCCCUGCAGUGAUUAGCAAUCUCGCCUUUUCCACAUUUUUCUCAAGUGCUAGGUUCUAGUUUCAGUAAUGUGAAUAAAUUCUGCUCUGAUAAUUCUAGUUCAUAAGUAUGGAACAGAACAAGGGACAGGUCUUGCACCCAAUUACUUUAACCAAAUCAUGUUAAAAUGAUUAUCUUUGCAAAUGACAGAGAUGGUAAGGUGCAGCAUUUUCCUAAAGCUUUGAGCAGCUGCAUGCCAUCACUUUCCCAGUCAAUAACUUUACCUCAUAACAGAUGUUACUGGGCUCAUUUAUAAAAACUGGGCAAAUUUGCACCUGGACAGUAAUCCCCCAUAGCAACCAAUCAUUGAUAUAAUUUUUCCAGACAACUACAGGUGGAGUAAUGAAAGCAAACUUCUGAUUGGUUACUAAAGGUUACUGCCUAGGUGCUAAUUUGCAAAGUUUUUUUUUUUUUAUAAAUGACCCCAAUGUGCUAAGCUUAUUUUGUGCUGUCAAUAUUUGACAUUAGUUUAAAACUUUAAACAUGUGCAGUACUUGCAGUAUGUAGCCUGGAAGACCAGGCCACAGCAGCCUGUAUAAUUGUUUGUUCCCUGUAUAAAUAAUUGUUUGUUCUCCCAUUUAUUUGUUUUGCCUUUCACCCUAGUGUAGCUUUAGCAUAGGUCCCAUUCCUUUGUUUAAAAGCAAACACCCAAUUUAAAAUAUCCCCCUCCCCAGUGAUAUCUAAUGCUACCCCAUAAGUUGCCCCAUGCCCUUUAUCUGGCCUAACAAAAAAAAAGUAUAUCAAUAGGGUUUGCAGCCACCAUGUCUGACUGUGCCACAUAUGCAUGAAGGAUCCAAUGUGUUGAUCAUUGUAAGCUGAUUUGGUGAUACAGGCAGACAUGGAGGUCAACAAGUCCACUAUGCUAUUCUGCUUUGUUGGGCCAGGUACAGGGCAUCCCAAAUAGCACUGGUAUGGGUCUUUGUCAUGGCAGGGGAUGGAAUUUUUAAAAAAUGACUGAGGAAGGGUUUUGUUCUCCUUGGAUAUUACUUUAACCAGUUUUAAGGGCCCAUUGCAUUCAUGCAUUUCAUUUUCAGUUGUCAUGCUCAGGGAACAAUGUAAAACUAUCCAUCAAGAACCAGUUGUCUCUGACUUUGUAAAUGAAUGUCUGUGAAGAUAUCAGCUUUUAUAUGUGCUCUAAAAGUCCCAGCAUUUACAAUGUUAGAAAAAUAUCAUAGUAAACUCAUUUAACAACAGUG